AUGCCUUCCCCCCUCCCUCCUCCCAGCUUCCCCCUCCCUCCUCCCAGCUUCCCCCCUCCCUCCUCCCAGCUUCCCCCCUCCCUCCUCCCAGCUUCCCCCCUCCCUCCUCCUAGCUUCCCCCCUCCCUCCUCCCAGCUUCCCCCCUCCCUCCUCCCAGCUUCCCCCCUCCCUCCUCCCAGCUUCCCCCCUCCCUCCUCCCAGCUUCCCCCCUCCCUCCUCCCUGCUUCCCCCCUCCCUCCUCCCUGCUUCCCCCCUCCCUCCUCCCUGCUUCCCCCCUCCCUUCCCCCUGCUUCCCCCCUCCCUCCUCCCUGCUUCCCCCCCCCCUCCGCCUUGCUUCCCCCCUCCCUCCGCCCUGCUUCCCCCCUCCCUAAGUCCUGCUUCCCCUCUCCCUCCGCCCUGCUUCCCCCCUCCCUCCUCCCUGCUUCCCCCUUGCCUACUCCCUGCUUCACCCCUCCCUCCUCCCUGCUGAACCCCCUGCCUACUCCCUGCUUCACCCCUCCCUCCUCCCUGCUUCCCCCCUCCCUUCCCCCUGCUUCUCCCCUCCCUCCUCCCUGCUUCUCCCCUCCCUCCUCCCUGCUUCACCCCUCCAUCCUCCCUGCUUCCCCCCUCCCUCCGCCCUGCUUCCCCCCUGCCUACUCCCUGCUUCCCCCCUCCCUCCGCCCUGCUCCCCCCCUCCCUCCGCCCUGCUUCCCCCCUCCCUCCGCCCUGCUUCCCCCCUCCCUCCGCCCUGCUUCCCCCCUCCCUCCGCCCUGCUUCCCCCCUCCCUAA